AUGUCAAGCAAGAUCAUCUGCCCGGUCAAUCCAAGACGAGCGUCAAGGCAUUCGAGAAAAUCUUGCAGUCAUAUAGAUCCAGUGGAAAUGAGCCUAAAGCUGGAAGCGACAGCAAGGGAAAGCCCAGAGAAGAAUAUCUCAGGGGUAGAGGGAUUCACCUAUGAUACACAUAUCGAGCGGGACAACGUUCCAGUGACACCGGCAUCGAGGCCUUCAACAUCAUCCUCUCAGCUUCAGCAGCCUCCCCAGAACACCAGUCCUCAAAUUUCGUCCGUACAAGAAUCGUUCUCAGAUAUAACGCGACCUUCAUCAUCAGCCACGGCAUCCUCACAUCUAUCAUCAUCCACUCAGAAUAUUGCGUCCAUCACUUCUUUUCCUCCGACGAUCCAACGACUUCUCUCAGCUCGUCUAUUCCGAUUGGCAGUAUUCCAUAUCCUCUCAACUCCAGAAUACGCGACGGAUCGUUCAAUCAUACUGGACAUAGCAGAUCACCUGGAGCAGAAGGGUGCAGGUAAAUUAGCAAGGCGGUUGAGGAGGGGGUGGGAGAAUAGUCGGGACUUAACGGUGUCUACUAAUGCCAUUCCAGAAGGAAAAUAUACAGAUGGGAGUGGCAAAAGACCUAUACUGAAGCUUCGUUUGCACUCCGACCCCAGAACUAAGGACAAACCGAAAGAAAUAUCACCGCCCAAUUACUGGCAGAUCCCUAUCGUACCACCUUCAAAACCUUCCUCGGACCCAUUUUCCAAUUCAACCAAAGAAGAACGCCUGACGGAAUACUACAAUGCUCAUCUUGAAUUUCGACUGAAGAGACCAUCUCUAUCGUCAACAUCGUCCCAAUACAUCACAUCUUCCCCAGUACCAAAUUUGAAUGACUGGCCGCUUGCCUCGACCAACCUGAGACAACUCCGUAAGUUGUUGAGCACGAUCGACAAGCUAGAGAGAACGAGGGGGUUCAAACCUGAUCGUAGGACUGGGAAUUUGAUCAUUGGAUGUUGGUUAAGGUCUAUGAUACCGUCCCUAUCGCCUCAUCAUGGAGGAAAAGAGGUACAAUAUAGAGAAUAUAAAGAUAGAUAUGGGAAUAUCAAAUUUGCUAGAAAACAGUCGAGCGAUAAAGGUAGUUUGGGUGUAAAGGAAUUAAGAGGGCUGUUCGAGCUGUUAAGCAGGAUCAUCGUAUCGACUCGGACUCGAAGUAUCAGCAUCAAACCUACGACCUCUCAUGUCGAGAACAUAGAUACGGAUCUCAUUUCUACCCGAUUCUCCCAUUCUUCAUCGCAUUUAUCCGAUAGAUCUGCAGAUCCAGAGAAUGUGAAGGAAUACGAAGAGAUUGUUCGUCCAUUUGGCAAGAACAUGAUUAGGUCCAUGAAGAAUCUGGGUGAUCUGAAAGGGGUGGACAUGGUCAAGCAGUGGAUGAAAGAACAGAGGGAUGUGUUACUGAAAGAUGCAGAUCGGUAG